ACUUCACCACCACCACCACCACCAUUGAGGGAUCGAGAAGCAUUCAGAGACUUCCCCAUUUCAUCUUCAUCUGACGUUUCAAGGGAAACCUCUGCGUUGGUAAAAGCCCGUGUGGAUUGGAAGGAAACACCGGAAGCUCAUGUGUUCAAGGCCGAUCUUCCAGGGAUCAAGAAAGAAGAGGUGAAGGUGGAGGUUGAAGACGGAAACAUCUUACAAAUCACCGGUGAGAGGAACGUCGAGAAAGAAGAUAAGAAUGAUAAAUGGCAUCGGGUUGAAAGUGCCUGUGUUGAAAUCUUUGGUUAGCGAAUUGUACGUAUUUUGCACAAUUUAGGUUGUAUAUGUUCUGUAUUUGUGUUUAGUGUUUGAAGUGCCUGUGUAAUAUGACUAAUAUCCUUUUGUGUUUGGAAUGCCCACAAGGUGUUCGACCAAAUGCAUAACAAAAAUGUGUUUGUUUUUACUUGCUUCUAGAUUUUCUUGUUUGUGUUUUGGUACUUGCUUUGAUAAUGAAAAUAUGAUAUAA